ACGCUAUCGACGCUCCUUCAUGCUGACACGAAUCUUCUUGUGUUUUGCUCAGUAAGAAUUUCGUUUUCAUUUAAAUACAUGUAACAGCUGAUUCUGUGUUGAGCUUAUGGUAUUAUAUAUGAAGCGAAUUGAUGUGAAACCAUACGCCCGGACUGAUUUGAUGUAACCCCUGUAAUUAAUAUUGAACACACCAUUUUGUGUACUAGUGUCACUGGUACUGACUGGUUUACCAGACUGGAGUGCACUAAACACAAGCGCCAUUCCUGGUACUGCAAGCUCCCGGUGCAGUGAAACACUGGUAUUUUUGGAGGACCAAAAGGCGAAACUAAAAAAACAAAAGGGCAAGCAAGCAUCAAAAGAUGUCAAGACCACGAUCACGAUCUCCCCAAUAUAAAUACAGAAGCCCAGAGCACUAUGAAGAGAGGCCUUUUGUCAAGCACUAUGGUGAUGACUUUGAGGACUAUAAGAAAGGCCCUGGAAAGCAUGGACAGUGGAAAGGACCAAAGGAUAAAGACUUCAGACAAGGUAGCUUCAGAGCAUCCCAGCAAGAUGACACCCGGCAAAAAUAUUUUGAUCACAGGCCCCCUGGGCCGGAUGCAAGAAGAACUCAAUCUGAAGGCUUCCAUGGACCCACCACACACAGGAGACCUCCACCCCCAGAGCCUUUCCGUGGACCCACAACCCAAAGAAGAUACCCCUCUCCGGAACAAGAGAGGGUAAGGGGUCGCCCUGCUCCUCCUCCUGCGUUCCCCUCUCCAGGACAAGAAAGAGACAGAGGCCGCCCCGCUCCUCCCAGGUACCCAGAAGAGGGGCCCCCGAGGGAGUAUGAGAGGAUACGCUUCCAAGAGCACAGGCUGGCUAGAAGUAAGAGCCCCAGGAGAGAGAGCAAUAGAGGGAAGCCUUUCAGUCACCCAGCACGGGGAGAAAACUGGCAGAAUGGGAAAGAUUUUGCACGGGAAGAGAGGUAUUCAGUCUCUCCUCCUCGAAGAGGCUUUGAAGAGUAUCACAGAAGGAGCUCCUAUGAAGAGAGGAACUGGAACCAAGCUGUUCAGCCUGGGUAUCCUGCGGAACGAGGUUUCAGAAAGCACAGCCGCUCGGCAGAAAGAGCUCGAGAUACAGAACACUACGAGGAACGGGAAAUGCGCAGGAGUCCGAAAUGGAAACCGGACCGCUCCUCCGCUCCGUUUGCCAAAGAGGGACCCAGAGACUUUGCACAUGGCCGUCAUGUGCCGUACUGUGAAGACAAGUCUCCUGCGAUGGUAGCGUUUGAGUACAGCCACAAGCAUCCGCGAGAAACUUCACAAGACAAAUAUGUGAAACCCAGAAGUUUCCCAAGCAGAGAAGGGAGUGGUUACAUGGUCCCCACGCAGAGUGAUGGAGGGAAUGGCUUCAGAAGUGGUAAGUUGAGACUGCCCGGGGACCCAGAAAGCCAGGUGCCCCCAGUGCACCACGCUGAAGACUGCAACAGCAGCAAGACGAGGCCAGCGGUGGACCAAGAACGGAAGGCGUCUCUAACACGCAGUGGCGACACAAAGAAGUUUAAAGAUAACCCUGUCCACAAAGUCCGCAAAAAAGAUGUGGACCUGAGAACCCCACUCCCCGAGCAGGAGAGAAGAGAAAGAAAAUUCAGCAAUUUUAAUUCACCGCACCACAGAACAGACUUGCAAGAGAAGACCUUCCAGCAGGGGGAUUUAAAAUUCCCCCGCCCACAGAAGCCAUAUGUGCCUUCUGACAGCCAGGAGAGCAGCAUGGGAGAGACGCUGACCAUCAAAGUGGACAUGAAGCGUUCAAUGACCAAGUGCAGCCCUGCACGCCACUCCACAGAUCGGCAGCUGUCCCAGGAUUUGGCUGCUGUCGACAGAAGAGGUUCGGAUUUCCACUCCGUGUUGAAGCACACAGGCUCUUCAGAUCGAGCGCUGCGUAACCCCCAAACAGGAGGCUUUGCCCAGGAUAUCAUCACGCUGGUGCACCAGGUUAAAGAAAGCUACUUCAAGAGUAACGAAGGUCUAACUUUAAACGACCGCUUUUCAAAUAUACACAACGCUCGCACGGCGAUACCAGAGGGAGGGAGACAGCACUCAGGCCCGGAGAUAAACAGACGCAUUGAUUUAUCCCUGUCGGACCUCCAGAGGAACAGGAUGAACAAGAGGAUUGGACCCUUGCAGACGUGCUCCAGAGUAAUGGAAGACCCGAACGAUCUCCGUCACGAUAUUGAGAGGAGAAGGAAAGAGAGGCAGCUGGAUAUCGAUGAGCGCAUCCCACAGCACAGGCAUUUCUCUGGAAGAAACCUGAAUGGCGCUGGUUUUACAAGAAGAAUCCAAGAAGAAGACUUCUUCCCAGAACCGAACCAGUUUGAGUUCUCCCCGGAGAGAUAUUCAGACAGAAGGUCUCCAGUCCUGGGCGGUUUUCACCCAGAGGGCCCCACCACAAAACCUCCUUUUGUUGGGAAGAAGCCAUUCGAGGGGAACCCAGGAAGCUUCAGGCCCUUCAGAGGGUCUUUGCGGGGUAGCAGACUUCCACACCAGCAGAACCCUGGUUUUGUCCAGGCAGGUUUGAGCAUACAGUCCAAGUACAGGCGCUUGCAGAGCAUCCGUCAGAAUGGGCCAAGCUACAGGGGCAUCGGCUACAGGAUCAAGAGGAACGAGAUGGGACCAAUCUGUUAACCUACUGAUUUGAAGUCUUCAAGAAGCAGUGGUAAAACAUUAUCUUG